UCGCAGAUACAUUUUGAUGAUAUCACUCUGUGACGAUUUCAUAUUAAUUCUUGUUAUCAUGACCCGUCAUUAAUUAGUGUACCGAUUGAACGCCUACUGAACAGUAAACAGUGCCUUCUUCGAUUAGGAAAACGAGCAGUAAAAACGACAGUCCGAAAAAAAUGUUCAUUUAGUUUCGAUCAAAUCUAGUUGAAUGAUAACAUAGUACAUCGUUACAUUCCGUUUCCACGUAUGUUAUGCGCCUGCUGCUUAAAAUCAUAUUUUCUGUCUAGGUUUUUCAACAUCAUCACUUUUAUUAUUAUUAUUAUUAUUACUAUCGUCAUCAUUAUUCCAUUAUACAAUUCUACGAUUAUUUUAUAAAUAUCUUAACCAUAAGAAUUUUUUGUUGAUUACAAACGGACAUAGUUACCUAACAAUUAUAUUACAAUCAUUAUACACACUCGUGAUAUUUUCCUCAACGAUGGGCCUUUGUAAAUGUCCGAAACGUAAGACUACUAGUCAUUUUUGUUUUCAUCAUUGUGUCAAUGUCUGUGAGCAUUGCAUUAUCAACAACCACACCACUUGCGUAGUCAAAUCUUAUACUACAUGGUUGAAAGAGGCUAGUGGUAGUGCAUCAUCAUCAACAGUAUCAGCUUCUGCAUUGUGUGCUGUUUGCCAAAAACAGUUUGCUAUAGUACAAAAAGAUAUAGAAAAUAUAGCGACUAGCUUCAACAAUAGAAAAACUCCUAUUCGAUUAUUAUGCUAUCAUAUAGUACACGCACAUUGUUUAGCAGUAUAUGUAAAAAAGCAACUAAAAUGUGGUAAUAUUUUAAAAUGCCCUUCCUGUGCUCGGUCAUUAUGGUUACAAGAACAACAAGACCUACCACAAGAUUCAAACGAUAUUACUGGAAUUAAUUCUAAUGAAUUAUCUCCAGUUGCUUCACAGUUGCACAAAUAUUUAUUAGAUCAUGGUGAUUGGUGGGGCCAAGCUUUGAUUACAAAUGGAAAUGUGGAAAAUCUUGAAAAAUAUUUACUUGAAGAUGAAGAAUGUUUUGAAGAAACUGCAGAUGAACAGUUUGAAGAACAGUCUACAUUUGAAAUUAAAGAACAAUUCAUUACUGUUCCAAAUAAUAUAUCUCCAAUGACCAUAAAUCAAACGAUUCAAUCACCUAAUAAUACAAGUGGUUUUUAUAGUUAUAAUAAUUCUGAAUUAGUUCCCUUAUCAGAUAUAGCAACUAUUAAUCAUCGUAAUAACACACAUCAAACAUACCAGCCAAUUCAUCAUCGGCAUUUCAACAAUAAUUAUGGUAUCGAUUCUGUAUUUACACCACAGCAACAACAGCAUUACCACCAACAACAACAACAGCUACAACAACAACAACAACAAUGUUUAUCUGUUAAUAUGGCAAUUACACAAAAUUCAGAUUUAAGUAAUAGACAUACGAUAACAUCCUCCACUCCAUUAAUAAUAAAUAAUGAUGAAGAACAACAGGAUCCUAGUGGAAAAUAUAGACCUAAAAAAUUCAACAAACAAUCUUGGUCUUUAAGUUACCAUCGGCUAUCACAGUAUUUUUGUGGUUUAAAUAAUAGAGGAGAAGAUAAUAAUACUACUAGAAUUUCCAUUUUAAUAAUUAUUUGUGUAAUAAUUAUUGUUUUUUUAUUGUUGGUCAUUACUAGUUAUACUCGUUCCAGUAAUGAACCAUUUAAUAAUAAUAGUAUAGAUUAUGCUGGUGAAGAUGAUCUUAAUAAAAUUAACGAUGAAUCAAAUUUAAAAAUUUAUAACAUCAACUUAUAAAAUCAGAUAUUAUUUAAUUAAUUGCCUUAAAAAUCUUAAAAUGUUGUUUAUAAUUAGAUUGCAGUUGUAAUUGAAAUGCUAUUGUUGUUUACAUUAAGAAUCAAGUCAUGUACCUAAUG